CUGCGUCUGUGGCCUCCCUUCCGAAUUUCCAAUCCCCAAAUCUUCUCCUCCCUUCUUGCCCCCCUACCCUAUUUCAAAACAUUUCAAACCACUCUCCGCCUCAUCCUCCCCUCUCCUCCCCUCCCCUCCGUGCGCCGAAUCGCGCGAUCUCUUCCGCGGCCGCAGCCCGUCACCCGCGCCGCCCCGCCCCGCCCCGCCAGCUCGACUAGGCCGCGCCGAGCGGUAAAGAGGGUGCUGCUGCCGCCGCUCGUCUCUCGCGAUGAGUAGCGCCGUGAAGGACCAGCUCCAGCAGAUGUCAACGACGUGCGAUUCGCUCCUUCUCGAGCUCAACGUCAUAUGGGAUGAGGUCGGGGAGCCCGACACGUCGAGGGACAGGAUGCUGCUGGAGCUAGAGCAGGAGUGCCUGGAGGUCUACAGGAGGAAGGUCGACCAGGCGAAUCGUUGCAGGGCCCAGCUGCGGCAAGCCAUUGCCGAGGCAGAGGCCGAGCUGGCCAGAAUCUGCUCGGCCAUGGGCGAGCCGCCGAUACAUGUCAGGCAGUCAAAUCAGAAGUUGCAUGGUUUAAGGGAGGAAUUGAACACAAUUGUCCCGUAUUUGGAGGACAUGACGAAGAAGAAAGUAGAAAGAUGGGACCAGUUUGUUGAUGUCAUAGAGCAAAUUAAGAAGAUUGCAUCUGAAGUCAGGCCGGCAGAUUUUGUACCAUUUAAAGUUCCUGUGGAUCAAUCCGAUCUGUCAUUAAGAAAGCUUGAGGAGUUAACGAAGGAGCUCCAAUCCCUUCAGAAGGAGAAGAGUGAUCGGCUGAAGCAAGUGAUGGAACAUUUGAAUACCUUGCAUUCCUUGUGCGAGGUGCUUGGUAUAGACUUCAAACAAACAGUAUAUGAGGUGCACCCUAGCCUGGAUGAGGCUGAGGGAUCAAAGAACCUGAGCAACAGUACAAUUGAGAGACUUGCAUCAGCUGUUAAUAGAUUACGUGAAAUGAAAGUCCAGAGGAUGCAAAAGCUUCAAGAUUUGGCAUCUAGCAUGCUUGAACUUUGGAAUCUCAUGGAUACACCACUUGAAGAGCAGCAGAUGUUCCAGAAUGUAACGUGCAAUAUUGCUGCUUCAGAACAUGAAAUUACUGAGCCCAACACCCUCUCUGUUGACUUCCUCAGCUACGUGGAAUCUGAAGUUUUAAGGCUCGAACAACUGAAAGCGAGCAAGAUGAAAGACCUGGUUCUGAAAAAGAAGACAGAACUGGAAGAGCAUAGGAGACGUGCUCAUCUGAUUGGUGAGGAAGGUUAUGCAGCUGAGUUUAGCACUGAGGCUAUUGAGGCAGGAGCUGUCGAUCCCGCGCUGGUGCUAGAACAAAUUGAGGCUCACAUUGCCACAGUGAAAGAGGAAGCUUUUAGCCGGAAGGAUAUCCUUGAGAAGGUUGAAAGAUGGCUUAAUGCAUGUGAGGAGGAAGCCUGGCUGGAAGAUUACAACAAAGAUGACAAUCGUUAUAAUGCUGGGAGGGGGGCCCAUCUUACGCUCAAAAGGGCUGAAAAAGCUCGUAUUUUGGUUAACAAGAUCCCAGGAAUGGUAGAUGUUUUGACCACGAAAAUUGUAGCUUGGGAGAGAGAAAGAGGAAAAGAGUUCACAUAUGAUGGUGCCCGCCUUCUGUCAAUGCUUGAAGAGUACAUGAUCGUUCGCCAGGAGAAAGAGCUAGAGAAGAAGAGGCAAAGGGAUCAGAAGAAGCUCCAGGAUCAACUCAAAGCUGAGCAGGAAGUGCUCUAUGGAUCAAAACCAAGUCCAUCCAAACCUCCAAGUUCAAAGAAGGCGCCUAGAAACUCCAUGGGUGGUGCAAACCGAAGGCUGUCUCUUGGUGGAGCCACAAUGCAACCCCCCAAAACAGACAUACUGUAUUCCAAGACUGCUCGUGCUCCCAAGAAGACUGAAGAUAUGGGCACUUUAUCUCCUAGCAGUAGAGGCCUAGACAUUGCCGGUCUUCCCAUCAAGAAGUUAUCUUUCAACGCAAGUACUCUACGUGAGGCAGAAACACCUCGCAAGCCUUUUGCCCAGAUCAUGCCAGGAAACAAUGUCUCCUUGACGCCUGCGCGGUCCAUCUCCAAUGACACCGAGGAAGAGAACAAAACCCCCAAGACAUUUGCAACACUCAAUCCAAAAACACCGAUGACGGUGACGGCUCCGAUGCAGGUGGCGAUGACGCCUGCUGUGGCUUACAAGGUCAUAGCCACUCCUGUCUCCCUCUUUCAGGAGAAGCCAGAGCCAGCAUUGACGGAGGAGAUUGAGUACUCGUUUGAAGAAAGGCGGCUCGCCAUUUACCUGGCCAGACAAGCGGCUUAACUGCAGGAAGGGCAUCCUAAAAUCCAGUAAUUGCGUAGUUGAAUGUUGAACUGACUGCCAUUUCUCGUGAGAGGCCAAUGUUACCUGUUGGUCGACAAUAGCCGGCCUUUUCGCACUUUGCAGUACUAUUCUGAUUCACAGCCAUAUUUUCUACAAGUAGUAAAAGGAGUUUUACACUUAAGCUUGUGCUCAGUACUGCGAUUGUUUAUCUCAAGUUGUAUAGCUUCAUCGGUUUGCAGCAUCGGUGAUCUCUUAUUAUAGUUUUUACAAAUAUCCCACUAUCC